GAGUACGAUGAGGACAGAUGAUCUAGAGGUUGCUCUUGUUAGUCAUAAGGCUUCAGUGAGGGAAAGCAGAGCGGUCUCCAUGGAGUGACCGCUUUUGAAGCCAAACUGCUUGGUGUCCAGGAGAUUGUUCUGUGUGAGAAAAGUGAUUGAAAACAGCUCUUUCAAGGGUUUUGGACUGAAUAGGGAGGAGGGAAAGAAGUGUGUAGUUGGAAAUGCAUACUCUUUCCAUUUCGAUGUGUUAACAAGGGUUUGAGAACUGCUGAUUUAACACUAACCCCUCUCUCUAUCUAUCUCUCCCUUAUUCACUUGCUCCCUUCGUCCCUUCCUCCUCUCCCCCCCCCGCCUCUCUGUCCUUGCUCACUCUGAUGCUGAUGUGUGUGUGUCGCCUGGGUCUGACGUCUCUCUCUCUCUCUCUCUGUACAUCUCUGAGUGUGUGUGUAAACAGGAUGAUGGAAGCUCACUCUCGUCCUCAGACCAUCACAUCAUCGUAAGGAGGAAGUGAUGUCACAGUGAAUAUGUAACACACUGUGACGUUUGCGUACGUCAUGCAGCUCGAUGAAACAGACAGUGUAUUUGCUGAUCUGAACUCGGUGAUUCCUGAGACAGAGCUGCUGGAUAACAGCAUACAGAAGAGCCGAGCACCGCUACCGCUGAAGAGCAGGAGGAACCGACCAUCACGCUCACGUCUCACUGACAGCCUGAGCUCCACAGAGGGGGACGAGGGGCCCGACACCAGGUCUGCAGACACGCCCCUCCACUCAGCUCCAGUGCACUCGUUCCUCCGUGACUCCACCCUCACGCCAGAGCUCCUCCUCUCCUCCUUUGACUCCGCCCUCGCGCGCAGAUCUCCGGAGGACCCUAAAGCUCAUCGUUACCGUCAGCUCACCAACACCACAUCCCACGAUGCACUGCUGCCCCCCGUCCCGCCCUCCCCCUGCAGGUCAUGUCCCGAAACCUCCCCUGUGCACUUCCGCAGGGGCCGACGCCCUGAAAGUGAAGUGUUGGUGUCAGAUGACAGUCAGGAUGAUAAUAUAGCCGAGUCCGACAGUCCCACUGUGGUUCUGGAUAAAAAGACCAAACGGAGGUUCCUGGAUUUGGGAGUGACUCUGCGUCGUUCAUAUGUCAGAGUAAAGAAAGAUAACGCAAAAAGAUUUUCCUUGGGAAGCCGAGAACUGUGCGAGAACUCAUCCCGCCAUUCGGGAUCCUUCGUGCCUUUUUCCUGGUUUUCCGACAGUCAUCGUUCCUCCUCCACGUCCUCCUCUCCCCGCAUGGUGACUCACUCCCGCAGCCCGAGCAAGUCCGACUCUCAGGAGUCGGCAUUCAGUGAUGAGUUUUCUCCUAAAAGUCCUCUGGCUCCGUCUGAAUCUCGCUCCUCUCAUCACCCGUACCAGACUCUGUCCCAGUCUUCAGACGAGCGUGCAGACGAGCCUCAGUGUGUCGCCAGAUCGUGGAGCACACAGCAGGUGUGUGAUUGGUUGAAGAGUUUAAACAUGGAGCAGUAUGUCCCCGAGUUCAGGGACAAAGACGUGGACGGAGAACUCCUGCUGCAGAUGGACGGCACCAAACUCAAGGCUCUGGGUGUGUUAAACUCAUCGGAUCGCAGCGUUCUGAAGCGUCGCAUUAAAGACAUACAUGCUGCAGCGGAAAAGGAGAGGAAAGCUCUGGACAAGCUGGAGAAACAGAGAGAGAAGCAGCGGAAGAAAGACCAAGAGCAGAGGAAGAGUUAAAAAUGGAGGCAGAAACGGGCUGCGUCUCAAACGCCCCAAAAACUUUCACACUCACUUAGUGUUCUUAUUAAAACGUCGGCCAUUUUGAGAAAAUCCUAGAGCACACUUAGUCCAUUUUAGCAAGAGUUCUGGGUCGCAUGUUAUGGGUGAUUAUUACCCAUAAUGCACUGCUAGCGUGUGUCAGGUUAGCAGUGAAAAACGACAGUGAGCUGGUUUACAGACAGUGUAAAGUUCACUAGAUUGUCUUUUACAUAGAACUUGAGCUCAGACAUGCUUAGUGGUCAUCUGUCAGGCUUUUGUUACGCAUGCUAAUUUGUGUAGAGCGCUAAUCUUGUACGCUAACUGCUAAUUGGCGGUUUUUAUGUGAUUUCCUGAACAGAAUAAAAUCUGAUAAUCCACCAUUAGGAACAUCACAUCCCAUUAAUCUACCAUUACAGACCAUCAGAAACACACUAGCAUCCAGUAGAAAUCUCUACAUGGUUUCUAAUAAUGAAAAAGUGUUAGCUGAU